CGUAGCGAAGAAAACCAGCACAUGGGUUUCGCCCAACAAGUACGACGCUUCUUUGGGUUUCUUUGUUUGGUUGCCUCGACGGCUCGCUUCACCCAUGGCGCCUGACGGAGAUGCUGCGGUGAGGAGACCAAAAAAGGGACCCCCUUUCAUGUUCUUGGUGCCUCUGAUCUAUGCUCCCAUUCUUCCCCUCAUUCGAAUUGGGUUGAGGCAUAACCCGGUUUGGAGAGAUCGGUUGUUUUACGGGGUCUUGGCAGGUGCUUUCGCUCACGGGGCGUACUUGAUAACUGAUCGAUACGAUAUCGAGAGCAAGUGAAAUUCAAAGUGCUGUUUUAUUUGCAGACUCUGCUCUGCCUCAUGAUUCUCUGGUAGUAUGAAAAGUAGUUCUCACAUGAGCUUCUGCUGGUAUACUGUUUUCCCAUCUACUUGGUUUUUCUUUGGAAUGUUUGAGUUGUUUUUGUUUGACUGAAAUAAUGAAAGGAUAUACUUUUGAUUGGUGAGAAAGCUGCGGUCUCCACUACAAUAGCUCCGGUUUCAGUAUGUUCUUUGUCCUUUCAGAAAAGAAAAUUUUCUUUUCUUGGUCCCAAUUUUGAAUACUUCAUUUCAAAAAUAGAUUCAUCCGUAUGGUGCUUUUAAAUGUUCA